AAAAAAAAAAACAUAGUGACGAAUUAAGUUCUAGCAAUAAAAACCAAUUCCACAAUUGUGAGCAAUAAAAAAUAAAUGAAAGACGGGCUGAAAAAUAGAAACAAAAAUUUUGUGAAAAGUGCUUUUUUAUGAAGAAUUACUGAAAAAACUCGCUUGUUUAGUGAAGUAAAAAGUGUUGAAAAGUGCAAAUUUAUUAAUAAAUUUUUUUUUAAAUUCUAAAAUAAAUAUACUACACUUGUAUGACUUAAAGUACCAACUAAACGGGAAAGUGACAUGAGAAAAGCUGGAGAAAGAAUAUUUUGAAAAUUGUAAGCAUACUUUUUACAAUAACUACAGAUAGAUAAUGUAUAAACCUAUUUAAACAGCUGAAAUAAAAAAAUUUAAAGCAAGUUUGCGUCUGUAAAAGCCAAUACGCCAGUGGCAAAACAUAAAAUUAAGUGUAUGUGCUAAUAACAAAUUAAAUUUUAGUAAAAAAACAACCAAUUUUAAUUAUUUACACGGUUUCGUGCUGUACUCAUAUAUUUUUGUGCAAAAUUGUCGCCAACGUCGACCAUAAAAUGUUUGAUCCAUUUGUUAAAAUCAAGAAAAAGCGAAAUCUAAAUGUUGUUGAUAUCUUAGACAGUGUCGCGGGUGAACUGGAGCUGGCCGUCGCGCCGCCAGAGCAGGCGGUCAUUGAGCAGGUUAUUGCUGAAGACGCAGUGGUGGUGGAAGAAGCUGAACAACAACCCGAACAACAACAGCAACAGCAGCAAGUGAAGCAACAAUUGUUGCACACCAACAGAGAGCAGCGAGUGCAACAACCGCUGGAACAGCAGCAGCAACAACAACAACAACAGGAUCUAGAGCCGAAUGCCAAUUGUUACUGUGUAAGUGGUGCAGCAUUAAUUGGUGCAGGAGCAACAGCUGCAGGCGCAAGCGCAAGCGCCAACACCGUAGCUAGCCCCGCAAUAUCGCCCACAACCACAGGCACCGUUGCCACAAUAGCAGCAGCCGCCUCGUCCGCUGCAUCGCCACUCUUGGAGGCAAUUGCUAGCAGCAGCAGCAGCAGCAGCAGUAGUAGUAGUAACAGUAGUGGCAGCAGCAGCAGUUGCAACAACAAUAACAGUAGCAGUAGUGUUAGCGGUAAUAACAGUUCCCAAGUGAGUGGCAGCAGUGUGAGCCGUCAAUUGGCUAGCAGUAGCAGUGGUAGCAGCAACAGCAAUUGCAGCCGCCUGCAACAGUUGAUAUCGACGCCGCCAGUGGCAUUGCGCGGUUUAUCGUCCUACUGCAACGGCGAUUUGCAGCCGUCAGCACAACAACAGCAGCAACAACACCAGCCAACGCUAGGUCAGCAACACGCGGCACAAUCGGCGGCCGCUGUGCCCACAUUGCCUCAAUUACAGUUGCAAUUGCAGCAGCCAACGCUGCAUCAGCAGCAGCAGCAGCAACAAGCGCCUUCGGUGUUGCAGCAGCAUUUGGGUCACCUAAAUUUCGAAAGUGGAGCAUCGAAUGUGAGCGCCAGCAGUGGUAGCGGCAGUAGCAACAACAACAACAAUUGUAGUAGCAGCAGCAGCAACCUGCGAAGUAGCACAACAACGUUGCAGCGACACUUGGCCUCGCCAAGCAACAUUCUCCAGGAAGCGUUCAGCAAUAAUUUGCACAGAAUUUUAAAGCGUUCACAUAGUUCCUCAACGUUGGCGUCCAACAACAACAAUAAUCCGAGCAGUAAUUCCAUUUCUUCCUCGCCAGCGUCGCCGCCAUCCUCUUCUGCGAUCUCAAAUUCCAAUUUCGCCGGCACGCCCACUUCACUAUUUGCCAGUAUUUACGGUAGCAACAAUAGUAGUAGCAGCAACAGCAGCAGCAGCUGUAACAACAACAACAACAAUAGCCACCAAAAUCACCACCACUUGAAUAACAGUAUAAUUGCCAGUCGUCUUUUCGGCAGCAACAGCAACAGUAAUAACAACAACAACAAUCAACCCAACCAGCUACCCAACAAUCUGAAUCAGAAUAACCACAGUCACCUCCAACAACAACUCACAGCGCCAAGCAGCAGCAGCACAGCGGCCGCAGCGGCAGCCACAUCAAGCGCUGCCGCUAGUGUCUCAUCCACCCCGCAGCAGCAGCACACUAACAAUAGCAACAGCCACCAACAUCGCCUGCCGCAACAUAGCCACCACCGAGACCAUCAUUCCGCUCUUACCAAUUCGAUAACGAACCGCAUCAACCAAUCCAUCAGGCGGCACUUGAAUCAGCAGCAGCAGCAGCAACAACAUCACCACUUACAACAGUACAAUCAGCAAGUGAUAAAUAAUAACAACAUAACAAGUAACCACCGAAUACAACAGCAACAGCAACAGCCUAUUCCUCAACACGCACGUUUCCCACAACAACAACAACAAAAUAAUCAUCAUUUACAACAUCACUUGCAACAAUCAAACCAUCAACAACAACAACAACAGCAUCAUCAAAACAGUGGCAGCAGCAGCAGCAACAACCAACAACUGCAGCAUCACCAACACCAUCAUCAUCAUCACCAGCACCAGCAGAACCAUCAUCAAAACCAACAACAGCAACAACAAUCUCCUCUGUGCCUAGUAUUAUUAGUUAAAUGUCCGAAUUCUAAGGAAUUUUGUAACGCCGCCGCCGCCAACGCCGUCGCUGCAGCCGCACAUUUCUGUGAUAAUAAAAGAUUGCCGGUGAACGAAUGUCAGGCAAUUCAAGCCGCUAGAGUGACAUCUAACCUGAGCGCAUCGAGUAGUACAAUGGCGGUCAGUCGAGUACCAUCGCCACCUCUGCAGGAAGUAAAUACGCCCGUAGCCGAAAAUUGGUGUUACACACAGGUGAAAGUGGUGAAAUUCAGUUAUAUGUGGACCAUAAAUAACUUUAGUUUUUGUCGCGAGGAAAUGGGUGAGGUACUGAAAUCGUCCACAUUCUCUGCCGGUGCUAGUGAUAAACUGAAAUGGUGUUUACGCGUCAAUCCAAAAGGUCUCGAUGAGGAAAGCAAAGACUACCUGUCGUUAUAUUUAUUAUUAGUUUCGUGUAAUAAAUCAGAAGUUAGAGCCAAAUUUAAAUUUUCCAUACUGAAUGCGAAAAGGGAAGAAACCAAAGCCAUGGAAUCGCAGAGAGCUUACCGUUUUGUACAAGGCAAAGAUUGGGGCUUCAAAAAGUUCAUAAGACGAGAUUUUCUAUUAGAUGAGGCCAACGGUCUGCUGCCUGAGGACAAAUUAACCAUAUUCUGUGAAGUUAGCGUUGUAGCUGAUAGUGUGAAUAUCUCUGGUCAAUCAAAUAUUGUACAAUUCAAAGUACCCGAAUGUCGAUUAUCUGAGGAUUUGGGUGCAUUAUUUGAUAAUGAGAAAUUCAGUGAUGUUACGUUGGCGGUGGCCGGACGGGAAUUUCAAGCGCAUAAAGCUAUUUUGGCAGCACGUAGUGAAGUCUUUAAUGCUAUGUUCGAGCACGAAAUGGAGGAACGCAAACUAAAUCGUGUCGAUAUACACGACGUCGAUCACGAAGUCCUGCGCGAAAUGCUGCGUUUCAUCUACACAGGCAAAGCGCCAAAUUUAGAAAAAAUGGCAGAUGAUCUCCUAGCGGCUGCUGAUAAGUAUGCCCUCGAAAAGCUGAAAGUGAUGUGUGAAGAGGCGCUUUGCCUUAAUCUCUCCGUGGAAACCGCAGCGGAAACUUUAAUAUUAGCCGAUCUCCAUAGUGCAGACCAGUUGAAAGCACAAACCAUAGAUUUCAUAAAUACUCACGCCACCGAUGUGAUGGAAACGGCCGGCUGGCAGAGUAUGAUCGCGACACAUUCACACUUGAUUGCGGAGGCAUUUCGUGCGCUUGCCACACAACAAAUCCCACCAAUUGGACCACCAAGGAAGCGUGUAAAAAUGAGCUGAAA